UCAUAUUCCGAGCAUAGUUGACUUGUAAAACCUGUAAAAUAGUGGCCAGCUUGCUUUAUUGAGGUGUGACCAGUAGAGGUCGCACUUGCCCAAAGCAAGAACUUGAACAAGAUUGUUGACUUUUGUCGCCAUGGGAACUAAACAGAAAGAGGCUAACAAGAGGUGGGACUAGGAAAAUGGCCUAUGGUGUAGCUCUUAGAGGAACCGCGGUCAGAGCUUCAUGUGGCAAAGGAAACUCCUUAAAUCUGAAUUCAAAUGGGUUGAAGAGUGUUCCUGAGUUUGUUUCCAGAUUCCCAAACCUCUCAGUCCUUCUGUUGUGCCACAACUCUAUCUCUGCCCUCCCAACCCACCUCCAGUCUCUGUGUCACGUGAGUCUCCUCUUAUUUCUUGUAAUCUUCCUAACAAAUCACAAAAAUUGCUCAAUCUACUAUUUUGGCUUUAUCUUCAAGCUAACAGAACUGAAUUUGGGAAAUAAUGCCCUGAGGGAGUUCCCUGCAGUUCUCAGCCACCUGGGUUCACUGAGAAAACUCUAUCUCUACCGCAACAAAAUUGAUGUGGUGUCACCUGAUGCAAUUGGUCACUUAGGAAACCUUGUUGUCCUCAAUCUCAACCACAACAACAUUCAAAGGUUACCACCAGAAAUUGGCAGGCUGAGGAAGCUUCAGCAACUCAGUAUGCUUGAUAACAAGCUGGAGGAGCUUCCUGGUGAAGUUGGUUGUCUUAAAAAGCUAUCUGAGCUCAACCUUACCUUUAACAAUCUCUCAAGGCUACCUCGGCAGCUGUACUUUUGCAGAAACCUCAUAAAGCUGUACGCAGCCAGAAACAGGCUGACAAACCUGCCAGAGGGAAUAACAGCUCUUGUUAAACUUCGAGUUCUGGAUGUGGCUGGGAACAUGCUGUCCAUAUUUCCUAUGGAGUUCCACCUGCUGCACCUGAAGGAGCUGUACUGUGAGGAGAACUGGCUGAUUAAACUUAAACCGGUGCCAAUACUGCCGCCUCCUGAGAACCUGUCACUGAAGGAACUGGCUGCCAGGUUUGUUUUGUUAGAAGUCAGAAAGCAGUUCUCUCUGAUCAACUUGAGUCUCCCUCACUACCCAGAGCUGAAUGACCUGUUGUCCGGCAGCAGCUGUUGUACAGAGUGCAAUGGCCCCUUCCUCAAUACAUGGGUGGAGUGUGUGCAUUUUGUCAAUCUGAAGAAGGACAUGAACCUGAGGAGUAGUCUCACUAUUCCAGUCCGGUCUCUCCUGUGUUCAUACAAAUGCUUCAGAGCACAAGGACCCUGCUACUAUGCCGUUGAGAGGAAAUAAAUGCAGGAAUGCUGAAGGGUGCUUGUCUCUGUGGCCACAGAGUCAAGUGGCCACUAGGUGGCAGCAGAAUAACGCGGUACUAUUUUAACCCAGGCCAGGUUCACUGUCAGAUACGAGUUCAAACAAAAAGUUUUUUCUGUCUCAUCUAUAGUUUUCAUACGACUCAGUGAGGGAAACGUCAGGCUUAAAGGAUGAAGGAGGCAUUUAAAAGCGCUGUUAGUUUGGAAAAAACAUAUUUUAAUUGUCUUUGAUGGAGACAUGCUGCUAAUGUUCUGUACAUAGGUCGACUUGUGAAGGUGUGCAUGCAAAUAACCUCUUAUCUGUUUAUGAAGGUCAAGGAAUAUGUGAAGCUAUUUAAUAAUUUAUAUAACAACAAUAUAAAAUCUUCCCCCUUACCUUG